AUGCAUAUUUUCCUGCAGAUAUGGUUGUCAUACAAGAGACAGACCGGAGGUCGAGUGGCGGUGCAUUCUUGGCCAACAACUUCGAGCAUGGUUGACGAUCUUCCCGACUACUUCGUGCCCUCAAGCGGAUUUUCGCAUCCAUUAGAAGAGCAGUUGGAUCAGGUGACUCAGUGGCUCAGCCUGCCUUCCUCAACACGUCCAGGUCUAGUUGUGGUAAGCAAUGACGACUUAGUGAGAACGCUUCAGAAAGAAGGAUCGGGCGAAGCAGUAGCCAACGUGCUCGAUAGGAUUGACCGGACACUGGACUCCUUCUUCUCACGGCUUCUGCAGGCUAACAUUCUUGGCUGCGUGAAUAUCGCAAUCGUCUCGGAUCAA